GCCGCGCCCCCCGGCCGCCCCCGCGCGGCCCCAGGCCCCGGGUCGCGGCGCGGCGCGGGCGGCAGCAUGGUGGAGAAGCGCUGCCCGCUGCAGAGGGACAGCGUGUACCGCUGGUUUUCGGAGCUGCCGUCGCCGCAGCGUGUGGAGUUCCUGUGCGGCCUGCUGGACCUGUGCAUCCCGCUGGAGCUGCGUUUCCUCGGCUCGUGCCUCGAGGACCUGGCGCGCAAGGACUAUCACUCGCUGCGCGACUCGGAAAUCAAGGCCAACAACCCCGCCGACCUGGGCAGCCUCACCAACCUGACGGACGAGGUGGUGCGCAGCAAGCUGCUAGUGUCGCUGGCACUGCUGGGCUCGGAGCAGCGCGAAGCGGCGGGCGUGCUCUACCGCACGCUCACGCACAUCGACUCCAUCAUCCACAACUACGGGCUGCAGCUCAACGAGGGCCGCACGGGCGAUGAGUUCCUGCUGCUCUUCACCAUGGCCUCCAACCACCCGGCCUUCAGCUUCCACCAGAAGCAGGUGCUGCGCCAGGAGCUCACACAGAUCCAGAGCAGCCUGAGCGGUGGUGGCGGGGGCCCCGGGGGCAAGGGCGCGCCUGGAUCCACCUGCCCUGCCUGCCACAAGAUGGCCCCCCGGGCCGAGCCCCCCGUGAACAGCGUGGGGAACAACAGCCUGGAGAAGGCACUGCACACGUCCGCACAUUCCACGGAGGAGCCCAGGAGGCCGCUGGGGAAGCUCGGCAAAGUGAGCGUUGAAAAGAUAGACCUGAAGGGACUGUCACACACAAAAAGCGACAGGAACGUCGAGUGCGCCUUCGAGGUGCUGUGGUCUGAUUCAUCAGUGACGUCUGUGACCAAGUCGUCCUCAGAAGUGACCGAGUUCAUCUCCAAGUUGUCCCAGCUCUGCCCCGAAGAGAACCUGGACAAGCUCAUUCCUUGCCUGGCCGGCCCAGACCCCUUCUACGUGGAGCGGAGCCACGUGGACCUGGAGGCCGGCCUGAGGUAUUUGGCUUCAUUGCCAUCUCAUGUCUUGAAAAACGACCACGUGAAGAAGUUUUUCAGCACCUCGUGUCCCCCACAGCAGCUGCAAAGCCCAGGUCCUGGCAACCCUCCCCUGCCCAAGGUGGGCACCGUGAUGGGCACGUCUGGAAGGCCCGUGUGCGGCGUGGCCGGUAUCCCCUCCUCCCAGAGCAGUACCCAGCACCACCUGCCCCACGUGGCCGGCCCAGGCUCAGCGCUGGCCUACCGCGCCCAGGUGGACCCGGCGCCCGCCAUCCUCAUGCCCCCCGGCCUGCAGGCCCCUCAGCCACAGGAGCAGAACGGCAUCUUGGACUGGCUGCGGAAGCUGCGGCUGCACAAGUACUACCCGGUCUUCAAGCAGCUCACCAUGGAGAAGUUUUUGAGCCUUACCGAGGAAGAUCUGAACAAGUUUGAGUCCCUCACCAUGGGAGCCAAGAAGAAACUCAAGACGCAGCUGGAGCUGGAGAAGGAGAAGUCCGAGAGACGGUGCCUGAACUCCACAGCCCCGUCCUUGGUCACCAGCAGUGGAGUGGCCCGAGUCCCCCCCACCAGCCAUGUGGGGCCCGUGCAGGCUGGACGCAGCAGCCAUGCGGCAGAGCUGCGGGUGGAGGUGGAGCAGCCCCCUCACCAGGUGCCCCGGGAAGGCGGCAGCUCCUCUGAGUACUCCAGCUCCUCCUCCAGCCCCAUGGGCGUGCAGGCGCGCGAGGAGAGCUCAGACAGCGCCGAGGAGAGCGACAGACGCGUGGAUGUGCACCUGGAAGGUGCUGACAAGGAGAAGCCUGUGAUGCUGCUCAGCCACUUCCCCUCGAGCUCUGCCAGACCCACGGCCCAGGUCCUGCCCGUGCAGAACGAGGCUGGCUCCAGCCCAGCCAGCCACCACCCCCUGGCCCCGCAGCUGCUGCCCGCCACUCCACACCUGGCCCCCAUGCGGAUGCUGAGCUCCGUGCACAAAGGGGAACGUGCGAGUUCGGACGUGAAGCUCCUCUCCUCAUCUGUGCACUCGAUCCUGUCUCUGGAGGAGAGGGGCAAAGGGCCUGCGGCCAGGAGCGGUGUGAAGGUGGACAAGGGCUUCGGCAGCGCCGUGCUGGACUCGCUCCCCGCAGCGGUGCCACACCCACCCGUGCAGGUCCUCUCGGGACUUUCUGAGAGCAGCGCUGUGUCCCCUGCGGUCUCCUUCGGUCCCCGGGCCAAGGUAGUGCACGCGGCCACACUGGACAGGGUGCUGAAGACCGCGCAGCAGCCGGCCCUGGCGGUGGAGUCCAGCACGGCGGCCGCAGGGACACCAAGCACUGUGCUGCAUGUGGCCAGGCCGCCCAUCAAGCUGCUCCUGUCCGCCUCUGUACCCGCUGACGCUGCCAGCUCUGGGCAGACCACCUGCCCCAACAGCGUGCAGAUCAGCGUGGCGCCUGCAAUAAUCAACCCCCGGACCGCUCUGUACACAGCCAACACCAAAGUUGCCUUCUCCGCCGUGAGCAGCGUGCCCGUGGGGCCCCUGCAGGGCAGCUUCUGCGCCAACAGCAACACUGCCUCCUCCAGCAGCCACCCCGCGCCCUCCUUCGCCAGCAUGGCCACGCCGCCCAGCUACCCGGCCCCCAGCUCCAGCCCCGCGCUCUCCUCCAUCCCCGAAAGCAGCUUCUACAGCGGCAGCGGUGGCGGCGGCUCCGCCGGGAACCUGCCCGCCCAGAGCCAGGGCCACCACCACCACCACCACCAUCAGCAGCCCCCGGCGCCCCCGCAGCCCGCGCCACCGCCGCCCGGCUGCAUUGUGUGCACCUCGUGCGGGUGCAGCGGCAGCUGCGGCUCGGGCGGCCUGACCGUGAGCUACACCAACUACUUCCAGCACCCGUUCUCGGGGCCGUCGGUGUUCACCUUCCCCUUCCUGCCCUUCAGCCCCGUGUGCAGCAACGGCUACGUGAGCGCGCAGCAGUACGGCGGCGGCUCCGCCUUCCCCGUGGUGCACGCGCCCUACAGCGGCAGCGUCACCCCCGACCCGGUCCUGGGCGGCCAGUCUUCCUUCGCCGUGCCACCCAUGCAGAACUUCGUGGCCGGGACGGCGGGCGUGUACCAGACCCAGGGGCUGGUGGGCAGCAGCAACGGUUCUAGUCACAAAAAGAGCGGGAACCUGUCCUGUUACAACUGCGGGGCCACCGGGCACCGCGCCCAGGACUGCAAGCAGCCGUCCAUGGACUUCAACCGGCAAGGUACUUUUAGGUUGAAAUACGCCCCUCCAGCCGAAAGUCUGGACUCCACAGACUGACGUUUUUCUCUGGCAGCAGAAAUGAUUAAGCCAUGGAGACAUAAGGAAAUUAAACGCAGAACUGCAGCGGUAGUUGCUGUUGAGCUUAGUAUUUUUAAUCCAAAGGUGCUUUACUUUAUUAGACUGGAUAGAAUCUCUAGCGUAGACAUGCAUCAAACUCCGUUUUAUUGCCAAAACCCUAGGUUGGAGCUUGAAGCCAGGACCUGCCGAUGGGCCUCCCGCGGUGGGUGACAUGGUCACCUGCACCCCGGCGGCAGUGAUGAAACUGUUCCCCAGGAGCGUCGCUCGCUGGUCCUCCAGGCUCACACACAAUUCCAGGGCAGCUACGCACGGUCUGACCGGCCUGACGGUCGCGUUCUCCCGAGGAGCCGCUGCGUGGACUCUGCACAGCCUGGGUCAGGGAGAAUGCCAGCGUCCUCACCUCCUCUCCUGUUUCCCUCAAGUGACUGGGCACUCACCGCCGGGAUCUCUAAGCGCCACGGCAGAAUGUAACCCCACGUAGGUCUCUGGUGUGGGCCACAGAGUCCUCCGACCCAGCCAGUGCAGGAGGCCGCUCGCGUGGAGUGGGCACCAGCAGGCGACAGCUUCCUCCGUGACAGAGAUUUCAGUGCGUCCUUCCCUCCCUCCGACACUUGUAGCACUUCCAGGUUUUUUAAGAUUUUUCCUGCAGAUAAAUGUAGACUCCAUUAAUAAACAGAAGUAGCUCAUCCUCGACAACUUCAUUUCUAAGGGUCCAAGUCCCAGGAAAUCGAGUCCCCGAAGCUCGAGCCCGUCCUGGCCCGCUCUCGGCACCUCAGCAGACUCCUGCGGGACACAGAUGGCCUGGUGGACGCCCUGCCCUCGGGGAAGCUGGCAGGUGUCUCUUCUGUGGGCUCCCUGGGAUCCCAGCCGAAGGGCUGACGAUGCCGGAGUCACGCCCGGAUGACUGCUCCUUCCGGAACACAGCCCUGCAGCGUGGACACGAGCGAUCAGGAACUUGUAAAGGAGGCUGUGUUCUGACCACCAAUUCCGUUAAAAACCGCCUGGAGGACUUAGCAGGGCGCCAGUCUGAGACCGCUUGGCAGGCACAGCCAGGAGGCACAUUGCUAAGCAGGAGGCGGGCGGAGUCUGCUCGGCUGGAUUGCCACAGGUCAGCCCGCAGGAGAUCGUGUUUGGUCUGACGCUUCGGGACUUCAGUCUUCAAGGUUAAAGGGAAUUCUCUCCAAAAAGCAACAUUUAAAAUGCUAAGCCUUCAAUAUUAAAAUAUUGAUCGGUAGAGUCUUGCCAGGGGUUUUCCAGUUGAAUAUUUGUUAACAAGAAAAUCACAGUAUUUAGACCAUUCUUAAAACGGGACAAUCAGCCUCAUGCAAAAUUGUUGUAAAUCACACACACACACAAAAGGAACCCUAGAAUUUGAGGUGUUGCAAUACGAGGCUUUGCAUUUUGAGAUCAGUUUCCUGACUUCGUGGAAACUAAAGCAGAAAGUUGUUACAUUUUUUUAUGAAAGGCUUUUAGUAGAGUUUUGUAGUAUUAUUUUAGUAGGGUUUUAUUUCUAUGCAAUGCAGAAUUGACAGACCUCUGUACUCCAUCCGUGGUACACAGUGUUACACACGGUUCUGAAGUCAUGGCCAGGCUCAUCACAGCAGCUGUGGGAGGAGGUUACGCUGAUCUCUUAAACACUACAAGAUGUCACAUAAUGAGAACUGAUACAACUUUGCCUUAAAGAGUCCCUGACUGGAAUUUGUCACAUUGUGUUAAAGGAAGACUUGGCGUGUUCAUUGAUGUUUACGAUUUUAAUAUUUAUGAAGGCCGUUACAUGGCCUGGAUAUGUGCUGAAAGCCAAACUUUUAAAUUUUUUGGUUUUUUUAAACAAAGAAAUAUUUUAAAUAAAUCCUAUUUCAACACAGUGAAA